AUGAAUGCCCCAGAAAGACGAGCUUCUAUGGCGGAACGUCGUCCGUCUGCGUUAGAUGCGACUUCGCCGUUCAUGGAUUAUCGAAGGCCAUCACUUAUUGUGCCUCAUCUUGCGGGAAUUGAGGAUCCAUUGCCAGAAACGACGCCUGAGAAAGUGGACGUAAUGAUAGCGGGUACGGGUCUGGUAGAGAGUAUUUUGGCGGCCGCAUUAUCAUGGCAGGGGUCCAAUGUGUUGCAUAUUGAUUCCAAUUCAUAUUAUGGUGAUGGGUCUGCAACUCUCACUAUCGACCAACUGAAGCAAUGGGUGCAGGACACCAAUGCAGGUAAUUUUCGGGGCUAUGAGAACGCCAAGUUGCAAGUCUCCAGUGCCAUUGGCGUGAACUCUAGAUUCCAAUCCAAAGAUUUUGGUAUUGAUUUGUCACCAAGGAUUCUGUUCGCCAAAUCGGACCUGUUGACGGUGUUGGUCAAGUCCAGAGUUCACCAGUACCUAGAGUUUCAAUCGUUGUCCAACUUUCACACUUACGAAAACGAUUCUUUUGAAAAAUUGACCAAUACCAAGCAAGAAAUUUUCACGAAUCCGUCACUACCUUUGAUGAUUAAACGGAACUUGAUGAAAUUCAUCAAAUUUGUGUUGGAAUGGGAAAAUCAGCCGGAAGUAUGGACGGAUUAUGCAGACAAACCUGUGGCGACUUUUUUACACGAAAAAUUCAAGUUGGAAAGACCUCAAGUUUUUGAGCUUAUCUUUUCCAUCGGACUAUGCUACAAUAUCGAUGUCAAGACGCCUGCUGCUCUGCAAAGGAUACGUCGGUUCCUGAUGAGUUUUGAUGUCUACGGUCCGUUCCCUGUACUAUAUUCCAAAUUUGGUGGGCCCGGUGAGCUUUCACAGGGGUUCUGCCGAUCUGCUGCUGUGGCCGGUGCUACUUAUAAAUUGAAUUCUAAAUUGGUGUCAUUUGAUCCAACCUCUAAAACGGCUCUUUUCAGCGACGGAUCAAAAGUACUUGUCACGGAACAAGUUCUUAUGUCUCCGUCGCAAGCGCCAGAGAACAGCCAAAAUGUGCCGGAACAGAAAUACGAAAUUCAGCGUUUGGCCUGUGUCGUCGAGAAACCUUGUUCUGAAUGGUUUGGCGAAGGCGAAAAUGCCGCCGUUGUGGUUUUCCCACCAAACUCUUUGAAGAGUGGGAACCGACAAGCCGUACAAAGUUUGAUUAUGGGUGCUGGAAGCGAAGUUUGUCCACAGGGCACGGCACUCUGGUAUUUGAGCACAACUGAAGUGGGGGUUAGAGGCGAAAUGGACCUCGAUGCAGCUUUGAACGCCCUAGAGGAGAGCAUCAUGCGUGAAUCUUCAGCUGACUUGGAAAACGACGAAAGUUUCAUACAAGUGGGCGUUAACGGCCAUCUCACCCUGAACUCUGUAAAGCUUGGCCAAUCUUUCAAAGAAUACGUUCCAAGGGAAAGGCUCAAUUUUUUGGCGAAACUGUACUUCAAACAGCGCACAUCGACGCCGGCGUUUGAGGUGGUCGACUCGGGCAUCUUCGAUGUCAACACCACCAACAAGGGCAAACUGAUUCCUGGAGCCAGCGACAACGGAGUUCUAUAUACGAGUUUGCCCUCCGCCGAAAUCUCAUAUGAUGAAGCCAUCACCGCUGCCAGAGUUUUGUUUCAGAAGAUUGUCGGGAGUGACGACGAUUUUUUCGAUCUCGAUUUUGAAGACGAAGACGAACGUGAAGACGAGUCUGCCAUUCUAGACGAUGAAGAUGAUGCUAUGAACAUGAACUUGGCUGGCGAUAUGAGUGCGGAACCGGUGGAAUUUGCCGGCGAAAUGGAGAUAUAG